UGCAACAACCACCACCUCCUCCAAAACUCAAACAGCGAACCCUAAGCACUCUCUCGGGUUCAUCUUCUACGCCGAAACCCUAGGGGAUCUACACUAGAUCUAUCUCGUUCUCUCGUUUCCGAUCCAAGGUCAGGUUCAUCUCCUAUUCCAGAUCGAAGAUGGUAUCUGACGCCAGCAAGAAGAAGGCUCUUCAGAAGAAGGCCGCCGCCGCAGCCAAAAGAGGUGGCAAGGCUGCUGCAGCUGCCAUCGCCGCGGCGGCUUCUUCUAAAGCCGCAGAUAAGGCCGCUAAUGGAAUCGCUGAUAUUCAGAUAUCGGAUCGGACCUGCACUGGUGUCCUCUGUUCUCAUCCUCUUUCCAGAGAUAUUCGGAUUGAGUCUCUAUCAGUCACAUUCCACGGACAUGAUCUCAUUCUUGAUUCUGAAUUGGAGUUAAAUUAUGGAAGACGAUAUGGUUUACUUGGAUUAAAUGGUUGUGGAAAGUCUACUCUGCUUACAGCAAUUGGUUGCCGUGAGCUUCCAAUUCCAGACCACAUGGAUAUCUAUCACCUUACCAGGGAAAUUGAUGCCUCUGACAUGUCUGCAUUGGGAGCUGUCAUAAGUUGUGAUGAGGAAAGGUUGAAACUGGAGAAAGAAGCUGAAACUUUGGCUGCACAGGAUGAUGGGGGUGGUGAAUCCCUUGAACGUGUUUAUGAACGAUUGGAAGCCUUAGAUGCAGCAACUGCAGAGAAGCGUGCUGCUGAAAUCUUACAUGGCCUUGGUUUCAACAAGGAGAUGCAGGCAAAGAAGACACGAGAUUUUUCUGGUGGGUGGAGAAUGAGAAUUGCAUUAGCACGAGCUCUGUUUAUGAACCCGACCAUUCUUCUACUGGAUGAACCAACCAAUCAUCUUGAUUUGGAGGCAUGUGUGUGGCUGGAGGAGAAUCUGAAGAAGUUUGACCGUAUUUUGGUUGUGGUUUCCCACUCUCAGGACUUUCUUAAUGGUGUCUGCACAAAUAUUAUCCACAUGCAAAACAAAAAAUUGAAGCUCUACACUGGUAACUAUGAUCAAUAUGUUCAGACACGUGCUGAGUUGGAAGAGAAUCAGAUGAAACAGUACAAGUGGGAGCAGGAGCAGAUUGCCUCGAUGAAGGAAUAUAUUGCCCGAUUUGGCCAUGGUUCAGCAAAACUGGCUCGCCAGGCACAGAGUAAAGAGAAAACUCUGGCAAAAAUGGAACGAGGGGGGCUUACAGAGAAGGUAGUCAGAGACAAAGUUUUGGUGUUCCGCUUUACUGAUGUGGGAAAACUUCCCCCUCCUGUUCUCCAGUUUGUUGAGGUGACAUUUGGUUAUACUCCUGAUAAUCUUAUCUACAAGAAUAUUGACUUUGGGGUUGAUUUAGACUCUAGGAUUGCAUUGGUUGGACCCAAUGGUGCUGGGAAGAGUACACUGCUGAAGCUAAUGACAGGUGAUUUGAUUCCUUCUGAUGGUAUGGUGCGACGUCAUAAUCAUCUUCGAGUUGCACAGUAUCACCAGCAUUUGGCAGAAAAGCUUGACUUGGAAAUGUCAGCACUCCAGUUUAUGAUUAAAGAAUACCCUGGAAAUGAGGAGGAGAAGAUGAGGGCUGCUAUUGGAAAGUUUGGGCUGUCAGGUAAAGCCCAGGUGAUGCCAAUGAAGAACCUGUCUGAUGGGCAGAGAAGUCGAGUGAUAUUUGCUUGGUUAGCUUGGAGACAGCCUCAUUUACUACUUUUGGAUGAGCCAACUAAUCAUUUGGAUAUUGAGACAAUUGACUCAUUGGCUGAGGCAUUGAAUGAGUGGGACGGUGGCAUGGUGCUUGUCAGCCAUGAUUUUAGGCUCAUAAAUCAAGUGGCCCAUGAGAUAUGGGUAUGUGCUGAUCAAACUGUGACCAGAUGGGAAGGUGACAUUAUGGAGUUCAAGGAGCAUCUAAGGUCAAAGGCGGGUUUAUCUGACUGAUGCAGAUAGUGGGACAUUUGCUGUUGUCCGAUAUAUCAUUAUCUAAGGAUUUACUAGUUACAAUAUAUGGGUGGCUGCUGCCGUUUGAGUUGGAUUUUCUCAACUUAGAUGAUUAUUGAGUUCAAUUGCAUAGUCGGUACAUAGAAGCUUGCUAUGAUUUUUGUUUGAGCCGAAAUGCCCCCCUCUCCCGGUUUAGAGUGCUAAUAAUUUUUUUUUUAUUUGUUGUGCUCAUCAUUUAAUUGCUUGGUUGUUAACCAGCAUGAUGGAUAAUGGGAUGUCACCUUUAGGUAGACCCGAUCCCUAUCUGAAUCUACGAACGAGGAUUAUAAAUGAUAUAUCGUAUCGAGAUUAUUAUAUUGAUGGUAUUAUAAUCACCGUUAGUACCCUCUCUGGACACUUUCUUCCUUGUAGCUCUUCAUUAUCCACUCAAGUUACCUUCUCUACUACAUAACUUUUCUUUCUAAGUUUUAAAUUGAAGGGAAAAGGUUGCACACAAAUGAGUGCAUGACCCGGACCUAGAUCUCGAGUAGUGAACACAGUAUAGUUGUAUUUAUCGAAUGAGUGCUUAAAUCAAAUUGCAGACAAACAAAAGAAGUGAUGAUUCUCAAGCCCAAACAACUAGGUGAAGAGUUUUUAAUGUUACAUUGGGUAGCGGGACGUCAAAGAAUCAUAGAUGCUCGUAUUUGAGGUUUAUUAUCUAUCGUGAGAAGAAAGAAGCCGGAAAUUGCCUAAUGCUUCUCUCUCUCUCUCAUUCGGCGUGGGGUGUUGAUUGCCCGUAAAUCUCUCAUCCUAUUGUUCCUUGGUCAAUUGUUUGCACCAAAUAACAUUAGAAAGUCUCUAAUAAAUAAGAAAUAACGCAAAACUAAUUGUUUUGAUGGCAUUUUGCGAUGUAUCAAAAUCAUAUAUUUUAUAAUACAAUUACAUGCAUAUUC